AUGUCUAAAGCAAUUGAAGCCCAAAAGCGCCGCGCCAUGGUCCCCGCCAUCGCAGGGCUCUCACUACUCGGCUUCGGCGUCUACUGCAUAGGAAACAGAUCAUCAAAGGACUUCAACGCAACCGGAGCCAACGGCGUGAUUGGAGCCGGGGGUGCAAGCAAAGGAAAUGUGAGCGCGUCUCUACAAGAGACAUUCGGAACGGGUGGUUCAACAGCUGGCACAACAACCGACUAUGAGACAAAGGACACUCGUGCAGUAAGCAACAUGACGGGUAUCUACACUAAGAAGGAAGCUGGUAAAGAGGAGGGAAGACAAUUCCGUAACCCGUUAGUACCAAAGGGGGAGAGCAAGAAGCAGGAGGAUAUUGUUGGCGUUACUGGGUCACCUGGAAAAUAA